AUGGCACAGACAAAAGUCAACAUGAAGUUGAUAAUAGCAGUUGGCCUAAUCUGCCUUGUGGCGGUAUAUGCAAGAGAGUUAGGUGAAGAUGAAAAAGAUCUUGUAGCAGCUGCUAGUGGUAAAUCCAGUCAUCAUGAAGAAGGUGGUGCCAAGGAGCAUCACAGCCAUCAUCACCACGAACAUGGCGAAAAAGGACACAAAGGCCACAAAGGUCAUCAUCAUCACCAUAAAGGUGAGCAUGGCGAUCACGGUAAACAUCAUCAUGCAGGACAUCACCAUGAACACGGUGGCGGGCAUAAAAAACAUUGGGAUGAACACGAUCAUCAUGGGGAACACCAUGAACAUGGCCAUCACCAUAAGGGUGGUAAACAUGGACACAAGAAACACCACGACAAGGGUGAAAAAACCGAAGGUUACCACAAGAAGUAUCACAAGGACGAUUUCCAUAAAGAUCACCACUUUUAUGAUGACCAUCAUCAUGAAGGCAAACACCACAAGCACGGGCACCAUCAUGGACAUCACGAAAAACACGGAGGGGACCACAAGAAGGGAGGUCAUCACGAAAGUGGUCACCACGAACAUCAUCACGGUAAAAAGGGUCACCACGAUAAACAUCAUUAUGAUGAAGAUCACCAUGGUCAUAAAGGGCACCAUGGCCACGAGGAGCAUCACCACGACCAUCAUGAUCAUGGAAAGAAAGGUGGCCACCAUGACCACAAAGAAUGGGGCUUCCAUCAUGGCAAGCAUUGA